AGACGGGGCUCAUUCAUCCAUCAAAAGGGAAAUCACGUAGUACAGCCCAGGCCCUGCAGCUCAGGAGGUGACACCGGCCAGCCCCAGCCUUCACCCGCCCUCCCGGGUUCGUAGGGCCCUACCCUACCGCCCUUCUGCAAGGGAGGAUGCCUACUGAGACCUUAAACCCUGGCUCUGGUGUCAUGGAAUCAGUCACCUUUGAGGAUGUGGCAGUGGGGCUCAUCCAGGAGUGGGCAUUGCUGGAUGGUGCACGGAGGAACCUGUGCAGAUAUGGAAUGCUGGACAACUGUAGGACCCUGGCUCCUAGGGGGACAGCACCAUGCAAACCCAGGCUUGCCUCCCAGGUGGGACCAAGAGAAGAGCUGAGGGCAGCAGAGCGAGGCAUCCUCUGUGCCGGGGGUGUGGACUGGGAAUCUCAACUUAAACCCAAAGAGUCUACUCCUGUGCAGGAUAAUUUGGAGGGAAAUUCAUCCCAUGAUUUGCAAAUGGGACUGGGGCUGGAUCUGAAGAUGCAGAUCUGGCCCAUGAUGGGAGCAAGGGGGAUACUUUCAACUCCAGAGGACCAGCCAGCUCUUUGGGAGUCGCCUUGGCCUUCUGGAUACACAGGGCUGAAAGCAGCUGUGCAGAUUAAGAGGGUGCCCUCGCCGGAGCCUGCACUGGGCAUUCCUGACUCCUGGGAGGCCAAGGAUUCUGCUCUGCCUGCUCAGGACCCUGUGUGGCUGCAGGAGGAGAGCAUAGAGGAAGAAACUGUAGUUUCUGGCAUGCUGUCCACCUGUAUACAGGAACCAGUCACCUUUGCAGAUGUGACUGUGCUCUUCACCCCAGAAGAAUGGAUGUUUCUAGACUCUGCUCAGAGAAGCCUGUACAGAGAUGUGAUGCUGGAGAACUACAGGAACCUGGCCUCUGUGGGAGAUCAACUAUGCAAACUCAGUACCUUUUCCUAUUUGGAGCAAAGAGAAGAGCUGUGGAUCACUGACAGAGGGAUCUUCACAGGAGCCCAAACAGAACCUCAACUUCAACCCCAAGAUUCAAUUCUUAGCCAAGAUAUUUUUACAGAUAUUCCAUCCAUUGGCAUAGAAAAGGAACAACCUCUGCAUGGAGAAGAACUCUACAAAUAUAAUGAACUUGGGAAAACCUUUAACAGCAUCAAACAGCUUUUUCAGUAUGAGAGAAUUUAUGCUGGAGCCAACCCCUAUGAAUGCCAAAAGAAUGGGAAAUCCUUCUUCCCUACUACUCACCUAAUAGUGCAAGAGAAGAUCCAUAGUGGAGAUAAAACCUAUUCAUGUAACCAAUGUGAAAAAUCUUUCAGAUACAGCUCUGACCUUAUCAGGCAUGAAAAGACCCAUACCUCAGAGAAGUGCUUUGAAUGUCAAGAAUGUAGACAUGCCUUCAAGUACUCCUCAAAUCUGCGGCGCCACAUGAGGACUCACACAGGAGAGAAACCCUUUGAAUGUAGUCAGUGUGGGAAAACCUUCACAAGGAACUUUAACCUGAUUUUGCACCAGAGAAACCACACAGGUGAGAAGCCCUAUGAAUGUAAGGACUGUGGGAAAGCUUUUAAUCAGCCAUCCUCUCUGAGGAGCCAUGUGAGAACUCACACUGGAGAGAAACCCUUUGAAUGCAGUCAGUGUGGGAAAGCCUUCAGGGAACAUUCAUCGCUGAAGACUCAUCUGCGAACUCACACCAGAGAGAAACCAUAUAAAUGUAACCAGUGUGGAAAGCCCUUCCGGACGAGCACCCAUCUAAAUGUACACAAGAGGAUCCACACGGGGGAGAAACUUUAUGAGUGUACUACCUGUGGUCAGGUGUUGAGUCGUCUCUCAACCCUCAAGAGUCACAUGCGAACCCACACUGGAGAGAAGCCCUACACAUGCCAAGAAUGUGGGCGAGCCUUUAGUGAGCCCUCAUCCCUUAGGAAACAUGCGAGGACCCACACUGGCAAGAAGCCAUAUGCCUGUCAGGAAUGCGGGCGAGCCUUUGGUCAGUCUUCACAUCUUAUCGUACAUGUGAGAACACAUACUACAGGAAAACCCUAUGAAUGUAAUCAGUGCGAGAAAGCAUUCAGGCACAGCUCUUCACUUACUGUGCAUAAAAGGAUUCAUGCCAAGAGAGAAAAUGUCAGGAAUGGUGGCCUGCCUUAAUUGGUGUCUUACUCAUUUGGUGGGCCUCUUGCUAAUUAACUUCCAAUUUGUAAAAACAUAAACAUUUGGACCUGUAAUAAUCUCUCAUAGUACGUAUUUAACUAUAUUACAUGUUUUGAUGUCUAAUUUAAUUUUUGUUUGAUUCUGAAUAGUGUCUUAGUUUCUAUUAUCAUUAAAUCUUUGACACAUGA